GUGGCCCCGCCGCCCCGUCGCAAGAUGGCGGAGCUGGACCUGCUGGGCUCCAUCCUGAGCUCCAUGGAGCGGCCGCCCUCGGCCGCCGACGGCGAGGCCCGGCGGCGGGCGCGGGAACAAGCCGCUCGUGUGAAGAAGCUGCAGGAGCAGGAGAAGCGCCAGAAAGUCGAGUUCAGGAAGAGGAUGGAGCAGGAGGUGUCCCAGUUCAUCCAGGCCACUGGGGAGCCCCGGCGCCGCUUCCAGCCCAUGAACAAGAUCGAGAGGAGCAUCCUGUGAGGGGGCACUGACGUGGCCGAGGUGGUCGGGCUGACGUCGUUCUCGCCCGGGGACCAGCGAGGACAAUCGUUACUGAUGGUGUUCAAAAAGGAGUUCGCGCCGUCGGACGAGGAGCUGGACGCGUACCGGCGGGGGGAGGAGUGGGACCCCGCCCUGGCCGAGGAGCGGCGACGCCUCCGGGAGUUGGCGGCGCAGCAGGAGGAGGCGGAGCUUGAGCGAGGCCCCGCCCCCCCGGGGCCCCCAAACGAUUACAAGGACAAAUACCGGCACCUGAUUGGCUCGGACGCCGCCAAAGCCGCCGCCCGCACCAUGGAGGCCAACAAGGCCUAUGGGUGUGUGCCGGUGGCCAACAAGCGGGACACGCGCUCCAUCGAGGAGGCCAUGAACGAGAUCCGGGCCAAGAAGCGGCUGCGGCAGGCGGAGGACGAGGGGGGGCCGGAGGGUCCCUAG